GUGUGUGUGUGUGUGUGUGUGUGCGUGUGUGUGUGUGUGCGUGUGUGUGUGUGUGUGUUCAUCUGCAGAGGAAGCAGCAAGGGGAAAGACAUCAGUACUAUCAAGUCUCUGCGUGUGCUCCGAGUACUGCGGCCUCUGAAAACCAUCAAGCGUCUGCCCAAGCUAAAGGCUGUCUUUGACUGUGUGGUGAACUCUCUGAAGAAUGUGUUGAACAUACUCAUUGUCUACAUGCUGUUCAUGUUCAUCUUCGCUGUGGUGGCUGUGCAGCUCUUCAAAGGCCGUUUCUUCUACUGUACCGAUGAAUCCAAGGAGUUUGAGCGUGACUGCAGGGGCGAAUAUCUUGUCUAUGAAAGAGAUAACGAAGUGCGGGCGCAGAAGCGGGAAUGGAAGAAAUACGAUUUCCACUACGACAAUGUGCUCUGGGCCCUUCUCACCCUCUUCACCGUUUCUACGGGAGAGGGGUGGCCACAGGUGCUGAAACAUUCAGUGGAUGCGACCUACGAGAAUCAGGGCCCGAGUCCAGGUUACCGGAUGGAAAUGUCCAUCUUUUACGUGGUGUACUUCGUGGUCUUCCCCUUCUUCUUCGUCAACAUCUUCGUGGCUCUUAUCAUCAUCACUUUCCAGGAGCAAGGAGACAAAAUGAUGGAAGAGUAUAGCCUGGAAAAGAAUGAGAGAGCCUGCAUAGACUUCGCCAUCAAUGCUAAACCGCUCACGCGACACAUGCCUCAGAACAAACAGACAUUCCAGUACCGCAUGUGGGAAUUUGUGGUGUCCCCUCCAUUUGAAUACACCAUCAUGACCUUGAUUGCCCUCAACACCAUUGUCCUAAUGAUGAAGUAUGAUGGAGCAUCAGAUGUCUAUGAAGCUGUAUUAGCCAACCUGAACAUAGUGUUCACCUCACUUUUCUCCAUGGAGUGCUUAUUGAAGAUCAUUGCCUUCGGAGUGCUGAACUACUUCAAAGACGCCUGGAACAUCUUCGACUGUGUGACUGUACUUGGCAGCAUCACUGAUAUUUUAGUCACAGAGCUAGGGAUGAACAACUUCAUAAAUCUGAGUUUUCUGAGGCUCUUCAGAGCCGCUCGUCUCAUUAAGUUGCUCAGGCAGGGUGAGACCAUACGCAUCCUGCUCUGGACCUUCGUCCAGUCUUUCAAGGCUCUGCCGUAUGUGUGCCUACUCAUCGCCAUGCUGUUCUUCAUCUACGCCAUCAUCGGCAUGCAGCUGUUCGGGAACAUUGCGAUUGAGGAGGAUGGUGAGAGUGCCAUUAACCAGCACAACAACUUCAGGACUUUUUUCCAGGCCCUAAUGCUGCUCUUCAGGAGUGCUACAGGCGAGGCAUGGCACGACAUCAUGCUCUCAUGUCUGGGGAAGAAGGUGUGUGAUCCUCUCUCUAGUAACCCGGAGCCAGAAUGUGGGAGCGAGUUUGCCUACCUCUACUUUGUCUCCUUCAUCUUCCUCUGUUCCUUUCUGAUGCUGAAUCUGUUCGUGGCUGUGAUCAUGGAUAAUUUCGAGUACCUGACGCGCGACUCCUCUAUCCUGGGACCCCAUCACCUGGACGAGUAUGUGAGAAUCUGGGCGGAGUAUGACCCAGCUGCGUGCGGGCGCAUUCAUUAUAAGGAUAUGUACAGUUUAUUGCGAGUUAUCGACCCCCCUCUGGGCUUAGGCAAGAAAUGUCCUCAUAGGGUGGCCUGCAAGAGACUGCUGCGCAUGGAUCUGCCAGUCGCUGAUGACAACACAGUGCACUUUAAUUCCACACUUAUGGCCUUAAUCCGAACUGCUCUGGACAUCAAGAUCGCCAAGGGUGGGGAAGGAGGCGUAGAUAAGCACCAGAUGGAUGCUGAACUAAGGAAGGAGAUGAUGGCGAUAUGGCCUAAUCUCUCUCAGAAGAAUCUGGACCUUUUGGUGACACCCCACAAGUCAGCGACAGACCUGACAGUGGGAAAGAUAUACGCUGCCAUGAUGAUCAUGGAGUACUAUCGGCAAAGUAAAGCCAAACGGACACAGGCUAUCCACGAUGAACAGAAUCGAACGCCAUUAAUGUUUCAGCGUCUGGAGCCGCCGUCUCCAAGCCAGGAUGUGGGACAGGGACUCACUGGCCUUCCCGAAACACAACUGCACCCUGCAAAUCAUCUCCCUGUUGAUGAAAGGAUCCCAGAGAGCCAAUCAUGGGUGACAGCGCGAGCCCAGGAGAUGUCUCAGAAAGCAGGAAGCUGGAGUCCUGAAGGCCAACACCCAGACGACCCCGCAGAUAACCGCAGACAGUCUCAGACAGUAGAGAUGAGAGAGAUGGUGCGGGACGGGUACUCGGACACUGAGCACUAUCUGCCGAUGGAAGUCCAUGGCAGGGCUGCUUCCAUGCCUCGACUCCCAGCAGACAACCAACAGCCUCGGAGGAAAGGACGGCACCGGGGAGAUAAUCUCGCUACCAUCACCGAUAACAGUCCGAUGAAACGUUCGGCUUCAUCUUUGUGCCACGGGCGUCAAGGCCGUUCAGUGCGGGGCGAGGACUACGCCAUGGACAGGGUUAUCCCAGAAGAGGGUCAAAGACAUGGACAUCGCCACCGAGACCGCAGUCACCGUGCGUCAGAGCGCUCCCUGAGCCGCUACACUGAUGCUGACACAGGUCUUGGCACUGACCUCAGCACCACCACACAGUCAGGAGACCUGCCAUCUAAGGAGCGGGACCGGGGCCGGGCCAAAGACCGCAAGCACCACCAUCAUCACCAUCACCAUCACGGUUCUCUAGAUAAGGAGCACUACGGACACGAGAGAGAACGAGGGGACUACGGCCACAGAGGGUCUGGAGAGAGAGACCGCCGCUGGUCCCGCUCCCCGAGUGAGGGCAGAGAGUGCCUGACUCACAGACAGGGCAGUAGUUCAGUAAGCGGCAGUCCAGUCCCCUCCACCUCUGGGACCAGCACGCCCCGCCGCGGCCGGCGUCAGCUUCCCCAAACCCCCGCCACGCCCCGACCCCAUGUCACCUACUCUCCCGUGGUCCGUAAGCCCAUUGGAGGCACUCCCCCUCCGGGCCAGCAGAACCGACACCCCACCCCGACCUCCCGUCGGUUCAGUCCGCCCGGCCCCGAGCCCCCGCCUCCCCCUCCCCACCACGGCUCUCCUCGCUCUACCCGUCAUGCACACUGGGGCCCUGACCCCACGGAGAGCGUGGAGGGCGACGCUUUCUACGACAAGCAAGACAACGAGUUCAAUCACCACGAGCCUCCAUCCUACGAGCAAAGCCCUGUGCAGGGCAACCCUCACCCACAUUCCCCCAGGACUUCCCGCCACAGCACCCCCCCUCAGGGCCAGCCACAUCCACGGCGCAUGCCAAACGGCUACCGUUCGUCUUCGCCCUCUCCCCACCACCACACACCUGCUCACCCGGGAACUCAUAAGCCUCCUCAUCCCAGAGGGCCCAGGAAGGGCCUCCAUGAACCCUACAGUGAGACUGAUGAGGAUGACUGGUGCUAGCCUCUGGGACGGGGAGGGGUGAUUGGCCACUCAGUCCGGGGAAACACUAGGCAGAGCGCUGAAUGUCCACAGGGGAAAUCAAGGCAUGAUUCGUUUCUUUCUAUUUCUCGUUUCUUUUCCGAUUCCUCUGCUGCCGAGUGUUUCCCUGAAAGCCACGGACAGCUGCCAGUGAAUAUGAAGACUUCUGAAUACGAAAUCCUGUUCUUAGCCUUUUUUCUGAAGAAUAUAACAAUGUUUUGAUAAGGAGGAGGAAUGUCUGAACUUCGUUCCCCAGGACAUUUCACGCAGUCCCUCCGGAAAUGAGCUGCUAGGAACUCUUUAGCACUCGUUAAAAAAAAAAAAAAAAAAGGUGGAGCACUUUUUAUUUUGCAGAACUUAACAGGAGAUUCGUUUAUUGCAAAAAUCAGUCCAGAUGCUGGGAAAUAUCGAUGAGUUUUAUCAUCUGUGUUUACUGUUAAUAAUCAUCCCAGUGAGGGGGAGGCGUUGUUCGCCCGUGCGGGGAAGUUGUGGGUGGAGUUGGAGGUGAACUCACCUGAGCUAAAUCAGGAAAGCCCACCCUGCACUUCAGACCCCCAAACGCAAGAAAGAAGAAUCACAGACAAAAUAAUAAUAAUAAUAAUAGGAGAGAGAAAAAAUGAAAUGCUCCUCACUCUUUCUUCUUCUACGGCUUCGUCUUCUGCUUCUCACUGGAAACAUUGGAGUUUGAAUCUUCUGUUGCACUGCCCAGCUUUGUUUGGACUCCCAGAACAUAAAUCCCUCGGAAAUCCUGCAUGAUUGAAAAAAAAGAGAGAGAAAAAAAAAUACAUAAAGAAACUUUGGAUAAAAAGGGGGAGGGGGGAUCGAUUCGUUGGCUCUUUUGUCAUGUCCCUGGCGUUCUCUCUCUCUCUCUCUCUCUCUGUGAGAUCCCUCGCUCCUGAAGGAGGAAAGGGGAGAAGAAGCCAUUGCUAAUGUUCGUCCCAGUAAAUGGGUGACCAGAGAGAAGUUCGCAAUGUUUUCUACCAGAUUUGGUGCCGAAUUUGCGAAUCAGAAAUAAAUGGAUAGCACAAUUAUUUUUAAGCUUGACAUUUUAUAACUUUUUAUUUACAUUCCUCCAUCAGUGUGUAGAUGAUUUGCUCACUUGCACAAAAAUGCAGAUAUAAUAGCACGUAAAAUACACAAACAUGUAAAUGACACGUGUGAUUCUUUUCCCUUACACCGCCGUAAACGUGCUCUUCCAGUCUUCCAGGGUAAACACAGACAGAGAGGUGAUGGGGAGAAAAGAGAGAGAGAGAGAGAGAGAACCUCUCCAACUUUACAUAUGAUUUCAUGUCGAUAAUGAUAAUGUGUGUAUAAAGAUGAUUGCAUAAAUGAAGAUAAUUGUUGAUGAAGAUGAUAAUGAUGCUGCUGAUGAAUGAUGAUGAUGCUUAUAAUUAGUUUUUUCUACCUGUUUUUGUAUUUGACACAGCUGCUCUUUGUAUUGCCAUACUUGUUUUGGUGUGAGUUUAGUGUAGAUGGUGUGGAGCUCUGUGAUAGUGAGCCGUUAUGGGCCGUGACAGAAACCCAUCCGUCCUCGGAUGUUUCCAUGGAAACACUUUCUCAGCCGUAUCAUUGAGCGUUAAUGACAGUGCGAAGCAUGCAUCUGACCUCGAGUCUCUGUAACUGUGAACACUUUUUAUCAAGAAGGAAAACAAUGAAAAGGAUAAAAGAUAGUAGAGGAAGAGCUGACUAGCUAUCAGCCAUAUUGAUAUAAACGUGUUGUAUACAUCUUUAAAGAGCAUUUAGAUAUUAAGUAAACAAGGAUUGGUUAGGCUGGCAUAAAACUCUUACAAUUAUUAUUAUUUACAUCUAUUUUUACUCUUUUAAUAAUAAUCUUAAUUUAAUAGGAUUUUAAUUUAUUUAUUAAAUUAUUUUUAUAAUUCUCUAUUUAGAAUGUGUUUCUUAUUCAAUUAUUAAAUGAAUUAUUUAUUAAAUAAAUUCUAUAUUAAAAUAGAGAUUUACAUUAUAGAUUGAGAACCCCUGUUUUAAACUAACCUAAAAAGUCCCUUUGACAUUUUGAUGUGCUAGUCAAUGGUGAGAAGGUAACUGAGCUCCACUACCUCUACAAGAUCAGCAGGUGGCGCUGUGAUCCACGUUGUUCUGCAGCCAGUGGCUCUGGCUCUUGUCAGUCUCACCUUUUUCUGUUCCAUGUUUAUGUCAAUGACCUGUACACUGAGAGUCGUACUAUGUGUCUGUCACCGAUGGUGCACGGUCCUGUGUUCAGGAAAUGUAACACAGCCAAUCAAACUGCACAGGAACAUGUAACACAGCCAAUCAAAUUGCAUGGGUGAAAUAAUGACCGGGCCUUUUCUGCCAAAACUUGUCUCUUGUGUCCCACUAAUCUUUGUGUCUUUUGGCCCAUAUUACCAUCGUCAUCUCAGUCUUCUUUAUCCUCUGUGGAAUGACUCUGCAUACACAGACACGCUGCCGAACGAGUCCAACUUUUAAGCAUGCGCAAACUAGACAAUGUAUGUAGCAUUUACUAACAUAUUAACAUGCACAAUCCCACUCGAGUGAGUCCUGUAUGUAGCAUUACUGAUGAAACUGGUAAGUGUGUGGCUCUCCUUUUGAGACUGUUUGUUUAAGUGUGUCCACAACCGGUGAGUAUAUUGUCCUUGAGGAUGUAAACAUUAGACACAGGAUUCAAGUUUCAUGUCUCCCCUUGCUAGUUGAGCGUUAUUAGUUUUUGUUGUCAUUGUUUUUUUUUUUUUGAGAACUGCAUUCUUAGGAAUGUAUUACUGAGAUUAAUCAGUGCCUUAUUCACCGUUAUUUAGACCGCACAUCCCCUCUUUACACAUUUAUACAGCUGCAGUGAAGAUGUCUCUUGGUUUCUUUGAUCCAUGUUAGGCAUUUAGCUUCAUGAGACUUGAGAGUAUCUCUAUAUAUGCAAUACCAACCUGUUUUGAGUUGCAAGAAGAGUCAAGGAAAUGAUGUGUCUCUGUGAACGUUGUGUGUGUGUGUGUUUGUGAUCAGGUCCAUGAUGAUAUGUUUGACAAUAUUCACCAAGCGAAUGAUUUUCAGUCAUCCUCGUUUGCAUGCAUGCUGUUCUCUCAACUUCUUGCUGUGCGUGUGGCUGUGAGAGAAAAGACGAGCGUUGGUCUGGAUAGGACAUUGACAUUUCUCAUUGUCUGUCAUACUGUAACUUAUCAUUACUAACAACCUCAGUUCAUGUUUGGCAAAACACGUGACAAUUUAAAAUACAAUGCCGAUGUGGGAGUCACACUGUAAAAAAGAAGAAACUGAAAAUAAGCAAGUUUUUGUCAGAAAAAAAAAAAAUAAUAAUAGAGAAGCAUUUACCUCGAGAAUUGCAUGUGCAAUGUGCAUGCCACAGCGUUUGAUAACAAGUCAACUGCAGGAAUACGAAAAAAAAAAAUGUUUUGUAGAAAAAUACACAAGUACAGAAAAAUCUUUUUUAAAGUAAUAUAUUACUUUAUGCUCUAUUUUUUAAAAACAGACAUAAAAAAGAACAGCAUAUUCUGGAAAGGAAAAUCACUUUGAUGCAAUUUGAGAGUUGUUUAUUUCUUUGUUUUUAGCUGUUUUUCUGCCAACUAGAAGGAGAGACACUUCAACACUAUGUUCAGGGCACGUCAAUAUGACUAUUGUCACAAAAAAAGAAAGAAAUAAAAGAGUCAAGAACAAA